AUCGACCAAACUUGUUACCAAGCAAAAGUGUACCUGCCAGCUGUCAUAACUCGAAAUGGAGCCCAAAAAGAAGUGCUCGCACAUUAUCCGCCGGAGUAAAUAUGAACGGAACGCAGCGGAAGUUACAAACUGGUGGCAUAGAUUGUUUAGCUUGCUGGAAUCCGAGGCGGCCAUCCCGCCCGAUCGACGACUCGACGUCGUAAACGAGAUAUUCCCAGAGAAACUUCUCAACCGGAUCCUUAGCAUUUUGAGCUUCGUCAGGAGCUGCAAACGCCCAACCACCGAUGACGAAUCCCCCAAACCCCCCGACGACCAAAAAACCGACGACUCAAUCCCCACCGAAGACCACCAACGAAAAGAGGUCGGACCUCACAACCCCUACACGCGCUUCUUCCGGCGGCGGCCCGACCGAGCAGCUAUCUGGCACACCUUACCGCCCUUAUCACUGGAAGAGAUGAGUCUGACUCAAAAGGCAGAGGCGAUUACGACACUGAUAGCGACCGAGUUUGUCGAAUGGAUGGAGAACAUAAGCGACGAGGAUUCGCCCACGACCUUGACCGUGCCCCUGGUACUGAAGAUGUUCGAAAUCGGGUUCGAUACGCACGCUGCAAGGUCGCUGCAAGUCCGCGUCAAGGAGAUGGCCUCGGUGCCGGACGGCGUCGCCAUACUCAAAGCCAUGCCAGACAUGGCGAAGCGAAGCCAACUGCACCGGCAACUACUCCGGGAUUUGAAAGCGUCGCAGCAGAAGAAGAGGAUUUUCGCUUUCGGGACGAAAAUCGACAAGGAGCAUCAAGUGAUCCCUCCAAAGAUGGCAGAUAUAGACAAAUGGUUGGUUUGCAAGAGAGUUCCGGAGCAUCUCGAAUCAAUGGCGGCGGUGUGGCAGGGAAUCACCCACUUGAGAUCGACCAGAGCCUACUGCGAGUAUCUUCUCGAGCAUCCCGAAAUUACGCCGCCCAAAUAUUUGGUGCAAAUGCGAAUGCUGGAUAAAGAAACGCUCAAAGGACAAAUCCAUCUUCAGGCGGAUGAGAAAGAAACGGGUCCUACUAUAAUACCGAAAAGGACAAUGGAAACAGAAGCGCACCACGCGGAGCAGGAAGCUAUUAUGUUAGGGAAUUAGCGUAGAGAACUGUAAUAGGGGACUGGCUGAAGCGCCACCGAACCAGUCAAUAAAUAAAGUUGGAUGUUUCCGUUUAUUUGCGAACUUGGCCCUAAUUUUUAGGAAAUGCGCCUGUUUGAGACGGCUGUUCCGGAUUGAAAAUUAAUUCAAUUGCCUUCAAACCGAAUUAACCAAAUUUCUAGUGGCACACUUAAAUUUUUUCUUCACUGAAUCUAAAAAUAAAUAUUUUUUUAUCUGG